CGCAACCCACCUACACCCCCGCCGCCGCCGGCCGAGGUCGCUUCGGAUCCCCUCACGUCUCCGCCUCUCCAUAUACUGGGUUGAGUAGAUCCAUCCAGGGAGCAAGAUCCAUGCUGAUCGAUCUCGUGAGCCUCGACUCCCUGAACGUGGCCCGAUCCAUCCAGGGGGCGAGAUCCAUCGCGACCGAUCAUGUGAGCGCCGCCGAAGAGAGCAACCCCUCCUGGAUGCUCCUCGAGGUGUGUGCCUACAUUGACAAGGUCGAAAACGCCACCACGGCCAUCUCCAAAACAUCCGAUAACAAGCACAUCCAGGUCACCUUCUGCCCCCGGCCCCCGCCGUCCCUCUCCCGCUGCUGCAUCCAUAGCCCAGAUAGCGCCUACAUGCACCGGAAUCCCCAUAUCGUCGCCGUCGAGGACGACCUCGCCCUCAUCCGCGUCGACUCCAGCGACUGUUCCUUGGUUCAGGACUACUACGUCUACCAGGCCAGCGACAAGUCAGGGAAGCCGUCCCUCACGCUCCUGCCGCCGACCCCCCAGUACCGCUGCUUCCUACCCAAGGAUAUCGGCAUGCUUCGUCGCCCCGGCAAAGAAUACAUCGUCGCCGGAUUCAGGUGCUUACCCUUAGCUUAUCCCUGUGGAGGGUUAACCUUGUGCGUCUACGACUCGAAGCGGGCAGAUUGGAAGCUCUAUGCUCUGUCGCUGAGCCUGCAGGGCCGGCAGGAAUAUGGAGACAAGUCUUUUCUCCAUAAAAACUGCAAGGUGGUGACAAUUGGAGGAGAUGCUGCUGGUACCAUGGCCUUCGUCGACCUCUGGCGUGGCAUGCUCUUUUGUGAUGUGCUUCGGCUGGAACACGAAGCUGCACGUCAAGCGCAAGGCGAAGCCAUCCCCGUGCUUGGGUAUGUCUCACUGCCUGAUGAACUGAGAAGAACCGCCAAGAGGGGUGAUGCCCGCCUUUAUCGUGACAUUGCUUUCCUUGAUGGCCAUCUCAAAUGCGUGGACCUGUUAAGUCGCUCCCUGUGGAUCAGGCCGGCUACUAUCAGUGGUGUUUGGAGUCAGCAGUACAAGUUCAGAAGUUUCAAGGAAAUUGAGGUCAACAACCCAGGCACUAAUCUCUUCCCAGGCCAAAGAGGCGUAUAUCGCGAAUCCUUCAGGCACCUCCUCGUGUACCAACCUGUCGUCGGCCUGCAAGACGAUGAUGCUGCUCGCAUACUUUACUUCACGGUCAAGGUGGACCAAACGGAUGCUGAAGCGUCGGUGCUUGGAGUGGACAUGGAAAGCAAGAAGAUACUGGGGGUGGCACCUUUCUUUUCGAGAUAUGAGGUCAUCAACUUCAACUAUGUGCACACUAGGAUAUCUAGGCAUUUUCCAAUUUCCAGGUGCUGUUCUGCUGGGUGCAGGUGCUGUUCUGCUGGGUGCAGGUGCACAGGUGACUCGGUUGUUCAAGCAAGAUGAAGGUUAAAGCACGAGAGCAUCAUGAUGGUGAAUCUGUCGCUGAAGAUGGAGAUGCAAUGGAUUUGGACUAGUUCCUAUAAAAGAGUUCCUAUAAAAGAUGGGUCAUCAUGAGCAAGUGUUGUUCUCUGCCCCCAUAACUAUUUGGACUAAUUUAGUAGUAACAAUGAUGGAUGUAAGGGAGACCUUUUGUUGCCCAGUAAGAUAUGCUU